AUGGCCAUUGCGUUGGACAGUGAGUUCCUUAAAACCCACGGAGUUGUCCUUACGAGAUCUGUUGCGUUUGUUCCAUUCUCUUUUGUUAGGGAAACAACAGGUAUAUCGCAGCAAAAGCAACAAAUACCAAAGUGCAAAACAUCUUUUGGUAAUCCUUUUGUUCUUAGCAUCAGCCCUAAGGAAGUAAUGUGCCGCGCAGAUUUACUCCCUUGUGGUCAUUCUCUUAAUUCAAUAGUUCAAUCCUCCGUAGUAAGUGGAGAAAAGUUAAAAAAUAUUCAAGAAGAAUAUAAACAAUUAAAGAGUAAAACUACUACAGAGAGUUUUGAAGAAAAAGAAUAUACGGAAAAUAAUAAUUAUUCUUCACUUACAGAUUUUGAUUCACUUUGUCCCCAUAGCAUCCCGAAUAUUAGACGUCUGGAUAAGGCAUGGGUAGAAUCCGUUUAUAUGGCACCAGUAAAUUCACUAGAGUUUCGAGAUGCGGCUAUGCAAUUAAAUCACCUUCGUGCUUACGGUAAAGGAAGACGACGUCAACGAGCUUUACCCUUCCUCUUGCGGUAUCAUCCGAAACUUUUACAAGAUAUUUUACGAUCAUCGUUUCCUUCAGCUAAUGCAUGGUGUUCAUGGUUAACAAUGUGUGGAGAUUUAGUUGAAAGAGAACUUCAAAAAUUAGGGGAUGAACAUCGUCAAUUAUCGGAUGUUUGUACCUUUGAAAAUAGUCAGGGAAAAUUAGAUGACAAGAAAAAGGGAAAUUUUCCUCAAUAUAAAGAGUGUAAUACCCUUGAAGAAUUUUCAUAUGAAUUAAAUCGCACUUGGUCUUCUUUAAUGGUCUCCGUUUCUAGUGGGGGUAGUAAAUUUUACUGCUACGGUGACGGCGAUUUGAAGGCUAUACAAAAUACCCUCCAAUUAAGUUGUAAAAUGUUGGAACGGCAUUCCUCUUCGAUAACAAAAAAAACGCAAUCGGUUAACACAAAAACUUUCAAUCAUCAGCAAAAUGGUUUUGAAGAGGGUGAAGAUGGGAAGAAAGAGGUUCUUCUCGGGUCGGGGGCCGGGUGCGGGACCGUGGACACCGGCAGACUCCUCACCUCACCGCAUCAGGCGAGGCCGCUGGACGCGACAAGGCACCCACUUUUUGCCGCCGCAGGGUUUCGCACCUCCCCUGGGGCAAUCCCGGCGCUAACGGAAGCAUUGAAAAAAGCCGCCUUGGCUGAUGAAACGGCGGUGCGGUUGUUAAAAGAAAACGCUCCGCACAAUCCCGUUUGGGAUGCGAGAGCUUUGGCUUGUGUUUGCGCCUCUUGCGGGAUAGGCCCCCCAUAA